GUAGCGCUCACUCACUCACUCACUGCAAUUUUCAGUGAAGAUCUACAUGCCAGUCUAUAUUUUGUCAAUGCAUCUCUGCAAGAGGUAGUGUUUGCUAGCACCACAGGGACAUUGGUACCCUGUCCGGCAGCAGGGAUCCCCCCUGUGACGCUCAGAUGGUACCUAGCAACGGGCGAGGAGAUCUACGAUGUCCCAGGGAUCCGCCACGUCCACCCCAAUGGCACUCUCCAAAUUUUCCCCUUCCCUCCUUCAAGCUUUAAUAACUUAAUCCAUGAUAACACUUACUAUUGCACAGCUGAAAAUCCUUCAGGGAAAAUCAGAAGUCAGGAUGUUCACAUUAAGGCUGUUUUACGGGAACCCUAUACAGUCCGUGUGGAGGACCAGAAAGCCAUGAGAGGCAAUGUAGCAGUGUUCAAGUGCAUUAUCCCCUCCUCUGUGGAGGCAUACAUCACUGUUGUCUCAUGGGAGAAAGACACAGUCUCGCUUGUCUCAGGACCUAGAUUUCUCAUCACAUCCACGGGAGCCUUGUAUAUUUUAGACGUACAGAAUGAAGAUGGACUGUACAACUACCGAUGUAUCACAAGGCACAGAUACACUGGAGAAACACGACAAAGCAACAGUGCAAGACUUUUUGUAUCAGAUCCAGCGAAUUCAGCUCCAUCUAUUCUAGAUGGGUUUGACCAUCGUAAAGCCAUGGCAGGACAGCGAGUGGAGCUGCCUUGCAAAGCAUCAGGGCACCCUGCACCAAAGUAUCGUUGGCUGAAGGACAACGUUCCCUGGGAGCCUGACAGCAGGUUUCGGCAGACAGUUACAGGUUUGCUGAUCGAGAACACGCGACCCUCAGACUCAGGCAACUACGUCUGCGAGGUGUGGAACAACUAUGGGACUGCUGAGAUGAUAGGGCGACUGUAUGUAAAACAACCACUAAAAGCCACGAUUAGCCCACGGAAAGUAAAAAGCAGUGUUGGUAGUCAAGUCUCCUUGUCCUGCAGUGUGACGGGAACUGAGGACCAGGAGCUUUCCUGGUAUCGUAAUGGUGAAAUCAUCAACCCUGAUAACAAUGUCCGGAUCACUGGCAUCAACCGGGAGAACCUUAUUAUGGAUGGCAUGGCCAAGAGUGAUGGGGGAGCUUACCAGUGCUUUGUGCGCAAGGACAAGAUGUCUGCUCAAGACUAUGUUCAGGUGGUACUAGAAGAUGGAACUCCCAAAAUAAUUUCUGCCUUCAGUGAGAAAGUGGUGAGUCCAGGAGAGCCAGUCUCCCUUAUGUGCAACGUGAAGGGGACUCCUCUGCCUACAAUCACUUGGACACUGGAUGAAGAUCCCAUUGUGAAGGAUGGCAGUCAUCGUAUCAGCCAGAUUAUCACCUCCGAAGGCAAUGUGGUCAGUUACCUGAAUAUCUCUAAUGCUCAGGUCCGAGAUGGUGGAGUUUAUCGCUGUACUGCCAACAACUCUGCUGGAGUCGUCCUGUACCAGGCUCGAAUAAACGUAAGAGGGCCAGCAAGCAUUCGACCAAUGAAGAACAUCACAGCAAUAGCUGGACGGGACACUUACAUCCACUGUCGUGUGAUUGGCUACCCCUAUUACUCCAUCAAGUGGUACAAGAACUCUAACCUGCUACCAUUUAACCAUCGUCAAGUGGCGUUUGAAAACAAUGGGACACUGAAGCUUUCAGAUGUGCAGAAGGAAGUAGACGAGGGUGAAUACACGUGCAAUGUCCUCGUUCAACCCCAGCUGUCCACCAGCCAGAGUGUGCACGUGACCGUAAAAGUUCCACCUUUUAUUCAGCCUUUUGAGUUCCCACGGUUCUCCAUUGGGCAGCGGGUCUUCAUUCCCUGCGUGGUGGUCUCUGGGGAUUUGCCCAUCACAAUCACCUGGCAGAAGGACGGCAGGCCGAUCCCAGCCAGCCUUGGGGUGACGAUUGACAACAUCGACUUCACCAGCUCCUUAAGGAUUUCUAAUCUUUCACUGAUGCACAAUGGGAAUUAUACCUGUAUAGCUAGAAAUGAUGCAGCAGCUGUGGAGCACCAAAGCCAAUUAAUCGUGAGAGUGCCCCCUAGGUUUGUGGUUCAGCCCAGUGACCAAGAUGGGAUCUAUGGAAAAGCUGUAAUUCUCAACUGCUCUGCAGAGGGUUAUCCUGUUCCUACCAUUGUCUGGAAGUACUCAAAAGGUGCCGGGGUUCCUCAGUUCCAGCCAAUUGCAUUGAAUGGUCGUAUCCAGCUUCUCACAAAUGGCUCCUUGCUGAUUAAACAUGUGCUGGAAGAAGACAGUGGAUACUACCUCUGCAAGGUCAGCAAUGAUGUGGGAGCAGACGUCAGCAAGUCCAUGUACCUCACUGUUAAAAUUCCAGCUAUGAUAACUUCCUAUCCAAAUACCACCUUGGCAACACAAGGUCAAAAGAAGGAAAUGAGCUGCACAGCACAUGGAGAGAAACCCAUCAUAGUCCGCUGGGAAAAAGAAGACAGAAUCAUUAACCCUGAAAUGUCCCGUUACCUUGUUUCCACCAAGGAAGUUGGAGAUGAAGUGAUCUCUACUCUGCAGAUUUUGCCAACUGUACGUGAAGAUUCUGGCUUCUUUUCCUGCCAUGCCAUCAAUUCUUAUGGGGAGGAUCGUGGAAUAAUUCAGCUCACUGUGCAAGAGCCCCCCGACCCCCCUGAAAUAGAAAUCCGUGAGGUGAGAGCACGCAGUAUUGCCCUCAGAUGGACCAUGGGAUUUGAUGGAAACAGCCCAAUCACUGGCUACGAUAUCGAGUGCAAGAACAAGUCGGACUCUUGGGAUUCUGUUCAGAGAACCAAAGAUGUUUCCCCUCAGCUAAACCAAGCCACUAUCAUUGACCUCCACCCUUCCUCAACUUACAACAUUCGCAUGUAUGCCAAGAAUCGCAUCGGCAAGAGUGAGGCUAGCAAUGAGCUCACCAUCACCACAGAUGAAGCAGCUCCUGAUGGUCCACCUCAGGAUGUCCAGCUUGAGCCUAUAUCUUCACAAAGUAUUAGGGUCACCUGGAAGGCUCCAAAGAAGCACUUGCAAAAUGGAAUUAUUCGUGGAUACCAGAUAGGUUAUCGGGAGUACAGUGCAGGGGGCAAUUUCCAGUUCAACAUCAUCAGUAUCGAUACCACUGGGGACAGUGAAGUUUAUACGCUGAAUAACCUAAAAAAAUUCACCCAGUAUGGCAUGGUAGUCCAGGCUUGUAACCGGGCUGGAAUAGGACCUUCUUCUCAGGAAAUCAUCACCACGACUCUUGAGGAUGUGCCCAGUUGCCCUCCAGGGAACGUUCAAGCCACUGCCACAUCACCAGAAACAAUCUCUAUUUCUUGGUCAACACUGGCGAAAGAAACCCUGAAUGGGAUUCUGCAAGGAUUCAGGGUUAUCUACUGGGCCAAUCUCUUGGACGGAGAGCUAGGAGAGAUAAAGAAUGUCACUACUACACAGCCAUCACUAGAGCUUGAUGGCCUGGAAAAAUACACGAACUACAGCAUUCAGGUGUUGGCUUUUACACGAGCUGGAGAUGGAGUGAGAAGUGAACAAAUUUUCACCCGGACUAAAGAAGAUGUUCCAGGUCCUCCCGCUGGUGUUAAAGCAGCUGCAGCUUCAGCCUCCACAGUCUUCGUGUCCUGGCUCCCUCCCCUCAAGCUGAACGGCAUCAUUCGGAAAUACACCGUCUUCUGCUCACACCCUUACCCCACAGUAAUCAGCGAGUUUGAAGCCUCUCCCGACUCGUUUUCCUACAGAAUCCCCAACCUGAGCCGGAAUCGCCAAUACAGCGUCUGGGUGGUAGCAGUGACUGCUGCGGGAAGAGGCAACAGCAGCGAGAUUAUCACCGUGGAACCACUAGCUAAAGCUCCUGCCAGGAUUUUGACAUUCAGCGGCACGGUGACGACUCCCUGGAUGAAGGACAUUGUCCUCCCUUGCAAAGCUGUGGGAGACCCAGCUCCGACAGUCAAAUGGAUGAAGGAUAGUAACGGGACACCCAGUCUAGUGAUGAUUGAUGGGCGAAGAAGCAUCUUUAGCAAUGGCAGCUUUGUCAUCCGUACUGUGAAAGCAGAAGACUCUGGAUACUACAGUUGCGUGGCCAGUAAUAACUGGGGAUCAGAUGAAAUAAUUUUGAAUUUGCAGGUACAAGUUCCACCAGACCAGCCAAGACUCACUGUAUCCAAAACUACAUCUUCCUCUAUCACUCUUUCCUGGAUACCUGGAGACAAUGGUGGCAGUUCUAUCCGAGGUUAUAUUUUGCAGUACUCGGAAGAUAACAGUGAGCAGUGGGGUAGUUUUCCCAUUAGCCCUAGUGAGAGGUCCUACCGUUUAGAAACACUGAAAUGUGGCACUUGGUACAAGUUUACCCUAACUGCUCAGAACGGAGUGGGGCCAGGACGCAUCAGCGAGAUCAUUGAGGCCAAAACGCUUGGAAAAGAGCCACAGUUUUCAAAGGAACAAGAGCUCUUUGCUAGUAUUAACACCACAAGAGUGAGGCUGAACCUGAUAGGCUGGAAUGACGGUGGCUGCCCCAUCACCUCCUUCACCCUGGAGUACCGUCCAUUUGGGACAACAGUCUGGACAACUGCUCAGCGGACAUCCCUGUCAAAGUCCUACAUACUGUAUGACCUUCAGGAGGCAACCUGGUACGAACUGCAAAUGAGAGUAUGCAACAGCGCUGGCUGUGCAGAGAAACAAGCCAAAUUUGCAACACUCAAUUAUGAUGGCAGUACAAUCCCUCCACUCAUUAAAUCAGUUGUGCAAAGUGAGGAAGGGCUGGCAACCAACGAAGGGCUAAAGAUGCUGGUGACCAUUUCCUGUAUCUUGGUUGGUGUCUUGCUGCUUUUUGUGAUGCUGCUGAUCGUGCGGAGGAGGAGGAGGGAGCAGAGACUGAAGAGGCUGCGAGAUGCAAAGAGUUUGGCUGAAAUGCUUAUGAGCAAGAACACCAGGACAUCAGAUACACUUAAUAAGCAGCAGCAAACGCUGAGGAUGCACAUAGACAUUCCCAGAGCACAGCUUCUGAUUGAGGAGAGGGACACGAUGGAGACCAUUGAUGACAGAUCAACAGUUCUGCUCACCGAUGCUGACUUUGGAGAGACGUCUAAGCAGAAGUCACUGACUGUCACCCACACAGUACAUUACCAGUCUGUGUCACAGGCUACAGGACCACUGGUGGAUGUUUCUGAUGCCCGGCCAGGAACAAAUCCUACCACAAGGAGGAGUGCCAAAACCGGACCCACAGCUCGCAACCGCUACGCUAGUCAGUGGACCCUCAACAGACCUCACCCCACCAUAUCAGCUCACACCCUCACCACAGACUGGAGGCUGCCCACCCCCAGGCCAGCAGGAUCAGUGGACAAGGAAAGCGACAGCUACAGCGUCAGCCCCUCGCAGGACACAGAUCGAGCAAGAAGCAGCAUGGUCUCCACAGAAAGUGCCUCCUCAACAUACGAAGAGCUAGCGAGAGCAUAUGAGCAUGCAAAAAUGGAAGAGCAGCUGAGACAUGCCAAGUUCACCAUUACAGAAUGCUUCAUAUCAGACACAUCGUCAGAGCAGCUCACGGCAGGGACUAAUGACUACACAGACAGUCUGACCUCAAGCACGCCGUCAGAGUCGGGGAUUUGCAGGUUUACCGCAUCCCCCCCCAAACCUCAGGAUGGAGGGCGAGUGAUGAACAUGGCAGUUCCAAAGGCACAUCGGCCAGGUGAUCUCAUGCAUUUGCCACCCUACCUUAGGAUGGACUUUUUAUUGAACCGUGGCGUGCAGGGCACGAGCAGAGACCUGGGUUUGGGGCAAGCCUGCUUGGAGCCGCAGAAAAGCCGAACCUUGAAGCGCCCCACCGUCCUGGAGCCAAUACCCAUGGAGACAUCCUCCACAAGAGAAGUACAGUCAUGGCAACCUGGUGCUGUGGCAACAUUACCUCAGCGAGAAGGAGCUGAGCUAGGACAGGCAGCAAAAAUGAGCAGCUCCCAAGAAUCUCUGCUGGACUCCCGGGGCCACUUGAAAGGAAACAAUCCCUACGCAAAAUCUUACACCCUGGUAUAA